GGCACUAAUGACUUAAUUUUGUCUUUGCAAACUGAAACACGCAUGCGCAGAACAAAAACCAAAAAGACGAGUUCUGCACUUCUACUGCUGUCUAUGGUUCUGCAGAAGUUUGGCCCAUAGUAUCAGAGAAUAUCUAAACCAGCACCGAGAUGGAACUGCAGCUUCCACCUCAUGAGGGAGAGCAGCUCUCAGUGGUUGACAUGCACACAGGUGGAGAGCCUUUACGGAUCAUCCACAGCGGCUACCCAGAGGUCAAAGGUGACAGUGUGCUGUCCAAACGUCGUUAUGUCCGGGAACAUCUGGAUCACCUCAGGAGGGUGCUGAUGUACGAGCCGCGGGGACACUACGACAUGUACGGAGCCCUGAUUGUGGACAGCGAGGUACCUGAGGCGGAUCUGGGGGUGCUGUUCAUGCACAACGAGGGGUACAGCACCAUGUGUGGCCACGCAGUCAUCGCACUGGGGCGCUUCGCUGUGGACUACAAACUGGUGAAAGAACCACAGUCACCAGAGACCCAAGUGAACAUCCACUGUCCCUGUGGUCUGGUGAAGGCUUUUGUCGAGUACUCUGAUGGUAAAACAGGAGGAGUGAGGUUUCUCAGCGUGCCAGCGUUUGCAUUUGCUACAGAUGUGACGGUGACGGUGGAAAGGUUUGGUGAAGUGACGGUUGACAUCAGCUAUGGAGGAGCCUUCUACGCCUUUGUAGACGCCCAGAAGUUUGGCCUCAAUGUGACCAAGUCCAGGACCCGAGAUCUGGUAGAUGCAGCCACAGCAGUGACCAAUGCUGUCAAAUGUCAGGUGAAGUUGCACCACCCAACCAGUGAUGAUCUGGCCUUCCUCUAUGGCACCAUCCUCACAGACGGCAAAGAUAAUUACUCCUCCGAUCCCACCGCCAAUAUCUGUGUGUUUGCUGAAGCACAGGUGGACCGCAGCCCCACUGGUUCUGGUGUUACAGCCCGAGUGGCUCUCCAGUAUCACAAAGGUCUCAUCCAGCUGAACCAGACCAGGACGUUUCAGAGUGGAGCCACUGAGUCCCAGUUCACAGGGAAAGCUGUUGAGGAGACAAAGUGUGGAGACUUCAAGGCUGUCGUGGUGGAAGUUGCCGGCAGAGCUUUUUACACCGGAGUUUCACGCUUUGUGCAGGAGCCAGAUGACAAGCUGACUCAUGGUUUUCUCCUGAAGUGAGCCUCAAUUACAGGUUGUGGUAUAAAUAUGGUUGUACAUAAAAGUACUUUAAACAUUAGUUAUAAAGUUGCGUUUAUAGCUUAAAAAAAACUAUAAAAAAUCCCUAUGCUCUCCAAGGAGAGUAUUGGAUAUGUAAUAAACUGUGUUAAAGAGAUUGUAUCAA